CUCUAUAUCGGUCCUAUCCCUCCCCUUCCGACUCUCAAAAUAUUCUGAGGAGCUCCCAGAUAUUAAAUAAGGUCGACGCUCUGUGUAAUUUAUUAAAUUCAAUUCAAUCAACAUUGCCUAUUUUGGUCAACCAACUAGCUCCUCCUCUAAAAAGCUAUAUAUUAUUGUUAACGGUCCCCUUGUAUACCUCCCUCUACGAAAAAUAACCAGCUAGUUUUGUUAACGGUCCCCUUGUAUACCUCCCUCUACGGAAAUAACAAACUAGUUUUGUUAACGGUCUCUUUGUAUACCGCCCUCUACGAUAACGACAAAAGUUUUUAGGACGUUAUUACUCGUACAGCAGCUUUUUUAUUUACAAAAUGACAGUUUGCUCAGAGUCAUCACUGCCUUUUGGAAAGAGGACAAUCAUGACACUGUGCUUUUCUGAUUUAUAUAAGAUAAAUAAUACAAGCGUCAGUCUUUCGUCGGAUUUCACCAGGUCUGACUUUCUCUCGAGCCCCCGGGGCAACGUCACUGGAAAGCAGGGCAGUAUGGCGUGGUUGUAGGGGGCUCGUCGCAAGGAGGACCGGGUGUUGAUCAGAGUAGGCAAUGGAAUGCAACGCAAAUAACUUGUCUAUGGCUUCUAUCAAGUCGAGUGCAAACAUGGCGUCACUUCCUGCUGACAUAUCCACGCACAACGAAGCACACAGCACAAUGGUCGCAUCCCCAGACCAAGACGCAGCAGGAGAUGCACCCAACACCGCCUCAUCGCUACUCAGCCUACCGACUAAACCACCAUGUGGGGACUUCACAAAUGAAACAGAACAACCUGAUGGCACGCGCAACGCCCAGAACCUGGACCAUGGAUGGGCGUGGCUGGUCAUGGUAUCCGCCCUUUUUACUCACAUCUUAACAUUUGGAAUGUCUUAUGCAACCGUUGGGACAUUCUACGUGGAGUUUCUGACAGAGUUUCAGCAAAGCAAUGCAGCCACUUCCUGGACUGGAUCAAUCAUGCUUGGAAUGAUGUUAUGCUCUGGUCCAGCAAUAAGCCUUUUCAUUGAUAAAUGUGGCGCAUGCACAGUGGCUGUAGCGGGUGGAGCUAUCGCAUCGGCUGGAUUGUUCCUAAGCUCCAUGGCAACGAGCAUCAUCUUCCUCUACUUCUCAUUUGGUGUUGUCACUGGCUUAGGUCUUGGCAUGAGCUAUCUCCCAUGCAUCGUCAUGCUAGGAAAGUUCUUCGAGCGUAGACGGGCUUUUGCUGCUGGUAUUGCAGCUUCUGGGUCCGGCCUGGGGACCUUCAUCUUUGCUCCAUUUGACCAAUUCCUACUGGCUACUCUCGGCUGGCGACAGUCCUUCGUAGUUCUUGGAUGUGUAGAACUGACCUUAUGUCUGUGUGGUGCUACUUACUUAGAGAGCAAGAUCCCUGUUCGGAGUGAAGGGUUGGAAGGUCGGGAAGACAACGAGGAGAGACUUAAUAUAGCGUCUCUGCCGCAGACGCCAUCUUUGGUAGUUAUCAGGCAAUCUACUGGAGUCAAGCCGAGUGUGGAUAACCUGAAUUCCAUCCGCAGUGCCCUUGAUGCAAUAUCAGCCCGGAAUACUCCCGUGGGAAGCUGGAAGCAGAGCAUCGGCGUGAAGAUGCGGGGAAGUGUUUUCUUGCAAUCACCUAUAAACUCCCCGCUACCCUCCUCGCCUAUUCCACUUGACGGUUUCUUCGGUCUAGCAUCCCCUAUAAACAUCACAAGAGGGGCAUCCUUCAAUCCAUCUUUGGACGACUCAAGCAGCCAAGUUCAGCCACCGGUGUCUGGGAUAAGCGUGCCGACCAUUGAGAUCACACAUGCAUCAACUCCUCCAUCGUCGAACUUAACUUCAACAUACCAAGCUUCAGAAGGGUUAGGGGAACUAACAUUUGGCAGCUGGCAGCAGAGUGUUAACGCUAGAGCAGUACUCAGCAAUUUCUUACAGUCUCCGGCUCUUUCACCGAUUCCCGAUUCCCCUUUGACUUUAGACAACAUCUCAAAGUUAUCUGUUCCAUCCAAUCAGGACUUAUCGCUGGACCGGUCGACACAGGAAUCUUACAACAAUAUUACAUCAACGACACUCGAUCCAGUUCUAGAAGAAUCAAGACUGUGUCCUCGACUUGACGAUAUCGUACAACAAAGAUGUCCGACUUCAGGCGAUGACGAAAGUGUAAAGUAUGAUCUCGACGGGGAAGGUCAGAAAUCUGAGGAGUACCCCCGCAGAAAGCGUGACAGUCCGCUAGUAACCAUCUAUAGGUUGUUUCACAAUAGGUUCUUCGUACUGUUCAGCAUCUCAGGAUUCGUCUUGUGCAUUGGAUACCAGCUGCCAUACAUGUACUUCAAGGCCUUUGCUCUUUCCCUAGGUAUAGAUGAAGACAGUUGGGCAUUAAUCAUGGCCUGUAUGGGGAUCACAGAUAUGCUUGGGAGACUCAUUGUGGGUUUCAUCUUCGACCGUGCCAUGUGCGUCUCCCAUCGGUUGGUUGGCUACACGUUAUCACUCUUCUUAUCUGGAGCGCUUCUACUCCUCAUGUCGACUGCUUCAACGUAUCCAACCUUAGCAAUGGCAGCUACAAGCUACACGUUGAUUGCUGGGUCCACUGAUCCCCUUGUGCCGGCACUUCUUGUGGAGUAUGUUGGACUGGAUUCACUGUGCUACUCUUUCGGCUUUCUGAUUGAGAUGCAAGGGAUUGGAUUUCUCCUGGGCCCGCCUCUAGCGGGUAUUGUGUAUGCGUACAUCGGGGAUUACUCGGCAGUCUUCAUUGUUGGUGCCCUCGCUUUCAUAGUCAGCGGAGUUAUCAUUCUACUAGAACCAAUUUGUGCACAAUGCCAGAAAUGGACCCGGAGUUCAGCAUCACGUUCUGAAAUAAUCGGCGCCAAUACAACAGCAUAAGGCCCAGCUGAUAAGGCCAACCACUACAGGUACUCACUGACUUGGGUAUUCUACAAUGUGGGCCUAUGACAUUUUACCUUCACCUGCAUUAUCAAUUUAACUUCCGUUGAGUUAUCUCUUAAGCUAGUUUUGUACAUUUUACAGAACCUCCCUUACAGAGCAACUUCUUUAGUGGGUCUUAAUCUCAACCAAGAAGUUGCUAUUUGAUAACAAUAUUGGUCUUUUUACCCCAAAGAGGCUUGUUUACAUUUCACAGAGCUCCCAAAUAUACUUAAUCGAAUACAGGGCAAUGUCUCUAGUAGGUAUAAUUUAUAUUGGGUUUUUGUUAGUGGCUAGGGAGAGUAGGGGCACACUCAUUUUAUGUUAUGAAGCUUAAAUCUACAUGCAUUGUAUACACACUCUCCUUAUUUACAUUUCCAAAAGCCUCAUUGACAGAGACAUUUCUUUGUUUUACCUUUGAGAGUUUUAACUCCCCCACCAAUACCACUUCAACAAAAGCAGUACUUGCUCAUGCUUAAACGAUAAUUAUUGAAUGCAAGAAAAAAAUGCAAAAAACAUAUCCAAGUGUAUUUUAACAAAAUUACGUACAUUUAUUUCAAAUAGAAAAUAAGGAAACUAAAUAGUUGUAUGAUAUGAACAUUGUGAAAUAAUGGUACUGUACCAGUGUCCAUAAAAUUACAUAAAUGUGAAGAAUAAAAUGUUUAAAAAUAAAGCUGAAGUGAGCUUUUCAAAUCAACAAUAAUAUAAAUCAACAUUUUAUAAGUUCAUUUAGAGAUUUCAAAACCAACGAAGUGCCUUCACCUGUUGAGUCUUUGUGGGCAACUUUGCAAAACAAAACCCAAAGUCCACAGAUAAAUGUUCAGGUAGUGGGUACUUUUAGGCCAAGCUUUUCUUUGUUGGCGAUGAACAAGUUAUAAAGAAAUCUAGCGGUCCACUUGUCUAUGACAUUCAGAUUUCUGAGAAAUUGUACUAAAAAAA